UUAGAGAACGGGAAGCAGCUCCAUAUUCAUCUAUAAAUACUUCCACCAUCUCUUGCUCCUUCAUCACCAUCAGUCUUGAACAUACUCGCCAUAUAAACCUCCGCACGUGUCUUCCUUUGCAUUAAUCUCCUGUAGUUAUACCAUGGCAGCGCAGACCAUCGAGAACUAUAAGGUGGGAGCCGAGGUCUAUCAUGGAGAUCACGCCCUCUGCAGCAAGAAAUCCGUGCAGCUGCUCCAAGAGCUGGGCCUUCCUAAGGGAUUGCUGCCGCUGGAGGGCAUCGAGGAGUUCGGCUAUAACCGUGCAGCUGGAUUCAUGUGGCUGCUCCAGAAGAAGAAGAAAGAACACACGUUCAAGAAAAUCAAGCAGCACGUUUCGUAUGCCACCAAGGUGACGGCCUUUGUGGAGGAGCGCAAGAUGAAGAAGAUAACCGGCGUGAAGACCAAAGAGCUGCUCCUCUGGCUCUCUGUCGUCGAAGUAUUCAUUGAUGACCCCUCCUCCGGGAAGGUCACCUUCAAGACGGGCACUGGUCUCUCUGACAGCUUCCCCGGAUCUGCGUUCGAGCUGGAGGAGUAGAAGAAGAGCAGAUAUUUUAGCAAAACUAUAUAUAUUUCUCAGUUAUCUUCCUUUUAUGUGUACACUACUAAAUAUUCAUGUCCUGCAACGUUGUUUUGUGAACGCAGCUGAUGUUUCUGUUACUUGAGUUCACAUCAAUAAUGGAAUCAUAAGUUAUUUA